GUUUGCUCUAAUAGGAACGACGAAAUAAGGUUACCAGAUUCUAAUUAGAUCAUUAGAAAAUAAGAAAAUGUCAGAAGAAAGCGAGCCCAAGACAAAAAAGGUUCGACAUUUGGAUCCAGUUAUUAACAACACUGACAAAUGGCUGGAAGAGAACAGCAAACAUUUCCUGCCACCAGUGUGCAACAAAAUGAUGCACAAUGAUGGACAGAUGAAAUCAUUUUAUGUAGGAGGACCAAACCAAAGAAAGGACUAUCAUAUUGAGGAAGGAGAAGAGCUAUUCUACAUGAUAAAAGGAGAUAUGGUGCUGAAAGUGAUUGAGCGAGGUGAACAUAGAGAUAUUCCAAUUAAUGAGGGAGAGAUUUUCUUGCUGCCUGGAAGGAUACCACAUUCACCACAGAGAAAAGCUGAUACUAUUGGUUUAGUUAUAGAGAGGGAAAGAGCAGAAGAUGAAAAGGAUGGAUUAAGGUAUUAUGUUGAAAAGAAUGGUAAACCAACAUUAGACUCUCUAUAUGAGGAGUGGUUCCAUUGUGAAGAUCUUGGUUCACAGCUUGGACCAAUCAUCAAGAGAUAUUUUGCAUCAGAACAACACAAAACAGGAAAACCAAUUCCUGGCACAAUUCCAGAGAAACCUCCAAUAGUACCAGAUAAACAUAAAUUAUUGGAGGAUCCAUUCAGUUUGAAUCAGUGGUUGGCAGAAAAUAGAACAAUGAUUGAGAGAGAAGGAAGCUUGAAUAUAUUUGGUGAAGAAGCAAAUUAUCAAUUUACAGUUGAUGUAUUUGGUACAGGAUCAAACACAGGGAAGUGUUCCAGUGCAGAAACUUUCAUAUGGAUGUUGGAAGGAACGUCCAAAGUGACAGUAGAUGGUAAGGACUAUGAACUUCACCACAACGAUACAAUGCUCAUUAGAUGUGGACAACAAUACUCAGCGACCAGACCAACAGGUGCCCUUUCACUUAUCUGUUUUCAGGACCCUACUAGAAAGUCUAAAGUCUUCAAGAAGUCAAAGAAAUAAGAGUCCUUGCUGCGACAAGAAAUGUUAUUUCUAGUCAAAUUGGAGGAAGUGGAAUCAAAACAUUUUUGAUGUGGAUACGGAGUAGAUAAAGUUUAGCAUCAAAUAGUUUUAAUGUAUUUCUUUUAUUUAACAAAGAAAAAAACAUAUGAUGAAAAUUAAAAACUUCAAGAUUUUAAAACUUUAUAAACUAAACUAUAAAUUUGAAUUUCUAAGUUUAAAAAUUAAAAUAUUUGUUGCUUAACUUUAUUUACUUUGUAUAUUUGUAAAAAUAUCAAGUGCUACAGAUGUCCUUUGACAGAGAUUUUUUUUUUUUAUAAUUUUUCUUGCAAGGGAUCAAUUUUAAUUUGAUGUCUGUGGAUCUGGUCAUAAUAAAUAACUCUUAAAUUCACACUCUUCUAUUUAAGAAGAUUGAUAGUAGGUACAGCUAUAUUUUUGCUUGAGUUAUUUCACUGUUGUAAAUUGCCCUAGUAUGGUAGAACAAUUUCCCUUUUGUAUAGUUAUGUCUGGGAAUUUUGUAUUACUGCUAAUAAUUUAUUUAUUCCUUGCAAUUUUAAUUACUGUAUAGGAGCUGUUAAAAAAAAGUGUUGAAUGAAAUUUACUUGUUUAGAUAUCAAAGCAGUUUAUUGAGGUAUUUAGAUUUUUAACUAUGGUAUUAAACUUUUUCAUGAUUCAUAGAACUGAACAAAUUUAAAUAGAAUUAAUUCCUUGCAAGAAAAUUGGUUAAUACAAGAAUGGUUUUACCUGUAAAAAAAUACUUUUUACUUGAAACUGUAAUAUUGGGAUCUGGUCAUUUACAUAUAUGUUUAAUGUUUAUGUUGUGUCAAUUGGUGCAUAUAGAACAAAUGUUUUUUGUUAUUUACUGUUUUAUAUUUUGAACAAAAUAUCAUGAACUUGUAUUGUACAUUCCUAUUUAUUCCUUAUACCACCGAUGUCACCUAUUGUAGGUAAUAACUCUGAUUUUUUAUUUUACAUUUUUGAAAUGAUUGUUAGAAUUUUUAAUUUUUUAUUUUGACUUACAGCAAAAAAAAAUCCUUUUGAAUCUUAUUAAUUUGACUUUAUACAGCAAAAAAAAUCCUUUUGAUACAACUUUUGCAUGUAACUAAUUCAGCUUUAUUUUAGACUAAUAUAUUUUUUGAUUAAUAGCUCUUUAGAUUUUGUACGAGAUAUACCCAUUUUUAUACUUUUUUGGGGGGGAAUCAAGGAUUUGUUCAAUCCUGUUGCAUCACUCGAGUGCUAAUUGGUCAAUUAGGACUUUUAAAAUAUUUCAUAUUUGUGAAAUUAAAAAAAUCAAGGAUCAGACUGGGCUGCAAAAAUGUCACUAACCCUUGAAUUUAUAUCCAUUUGGAGUUAGAUUUUCAUGUAUAGACAUUAAAAUUGAUACUUUAUAUGUAUCAUGUUACAGUUCUUUAAUGCAAUAACAUUAACUAAAUUAUUUGACCCGAUUUGGAUGUUAUAAAGAUUAUUUUAACAUAUUUCAUCUGCCCUAAUAUGAGAAAAACUUCUCCAGUGAUCAGUUGGUGAUUGAGGUAAAUGCCUGAGAAUGAAUUCUGGGAAUUUGAGAAUAAUUGAAAAAGACGUGUUUUAUACAUCUAUUUUAUCACAAACUUUAAAAUGACUAAUAAUUAAUUUACAAUUGCAUGUCUAUUUGUUGUUAAUGUAGUGAUGGUGCAUUGAUUUCCUAUUUGUUAAAAGUUAAUCAAUUUGUUUCUGAUAAAUAAUUUUAAAAGUAAGGUAUCCACUCUUUUCCAAGUUAAAAACUAAGAUGGAAAAAUUAAAAAAGUACCUUAGAAUAAAAUCGAAAUUUUUAAACAUUAUGUUUAUCUCCCUUUGAACAAAUUAAGAAAGGGGAGAUAACUGACUUACAUUUCUUAUUGUUGAUUUUCUCUAUUAAUUAGUAAUACAUAAUCAGUACACUCCUGGAGUCAAUGAAACAUUUUAUAUAUUAGUUGUUGUUGUAGUUCUACUAUAAGUAGACUAUUAUUUGUGCUCAUUAAAGUAAUAAUAAUGGUGA